AUGGCUGAAGAACAACAAGAAGAGUUAAAUGUAACCUUGGAUCCAGUUUUACCUUUGGCAAAGAUCAAAAACAUUUUGAAAUUACAUCCAGAAGUUCAUGCGAUUAGCAAUGAUGCGGCUAAAAUGAUUCGAUUGGCUUCAGUAAGUUAAUUUUGAUGUGUUUUUGAUAGUUUUAAUUUUAGGAACAGUUUCUACGAUGCUUUGUGAAGGAAACGACAAGAUUCACACGAGAUGCGGGCAGGAAAACGAUUCAAUUAAAGGAUAUAGGUAUGUUUCCCUAAUUAUUUGUUUCUUAUUUUAGGUAACAGUUUUUUACAAUAACUUUUAUUAAGAUUUACUGAGAGUUUUUAUGGUAAUGGUCGAGAUAUAGAAGUGUAUGUAUUGCAGAAUUUUACUUUUUAGAAAUGGUGCAAGGCAACAACCGUCACUACGUUUUUCUGGAAGAUGCGUUGGACGAUUGGCCUGAACCAGAGCAGAGGCAUUAUAAUACAAAGCCGGGAAGAAAACCAAAGAAUCAGCAAUUACUGGAGUUUGCAGAAAAUGGAGAUAAUGAUGAAAACGUGCUUCCAACUGGCGAUUUGAAUCCGGUCAAUGUCCUAGAAGUGACAGAAGAUGUUACUGAAAAGGACGACGGUGUGGGAGACGCUGUUGAAGACAUUAUGGAUGAUGUCAUUGAUAUUGAGGACUUGACUUCUCAUUAA